AUGGCGACAGUGAGGAAGGCUUUCCCGCGGAGGCUGGUGGGCUUGGCAUCUCUCCGAGCUGUGAGCACCUCCUCCAUGGGCAUGUUGCCAAAGCGGGUGAAGAUCGUGGAAGUUGGUCCCCGAGAUGGUCUGCAGAACGAAAAGAGUAUCGUACCUACCUCAGUGAAGAUCAAGCUGAUAGACAUGCUCUCCGAAGCGGGGCUCCCUGUUAUCGAGGCCACCAGCUUUGUCUCUCCCAAGUGGGUACCCCAGAUGGCCGACCACUCUGAGGUCUUGAAGGGCAUUCAGAAGUUUCCUGGCAUCAACUACCCAGUCCUGACUCCAAACAUGAAAGGCUUUGAAGAAGCGGUAGCUGCAGGUGCCAAGGAAGUGAGCGUCUUUGGGGCAGCGUCCGAGCUCUUCACCCGGAAGAAUGUGAACUGCUCUAUAGAGGAGAGUUUCCAGCGCUUUGAUGGAGUCAUGCAGGCCGCGCGGGCUGCCAGCAUCCCUGUGAGAGGGUACGUCUCCUGUGCCCUCGGAUGCCCCUACGAGGGGAAGGUGUCCCCAGCUAAAGUUGCUGAGGUCGCCAAAAAGUUGUACUCAGUAGGCUGCUAUGAGAUCUCGCUGGGGGACACCAUCGGCGUAGGCACCCCAGGACUCAUGAAGGACAUGCUGACUGCCGUCAUGCAUGAGGUGCCUGUGGCCGCAUUGGCUGUCCACUGCCAUGAUACCUAUGGUCAGGCUCUGGCCAACACCUUGGUGGCCCUGCAGAUGGGAGUGAGCGUUGUGGACUCCUCUGUGGCGGGACUUGGAGGCUGUCCCUAUGCAAAAGGGGCAUCAGGGAACUUGGCUACUGAGGACCUGGUCUACAUGCUGACUGGCUUAGGGAUUCACACGGGUGUGAACCUCCAGAAGCUCCUCGAAGCCGGGGACUUCAUCUGUCAAGCCCUGAACAGAAAAACCAGUUCCAAAGUGGCACAGGCCACCUGCAAACUCUGAGCCCCUUGUUGACCUGCAGACCGGGACUAUGGGAGUUGGGUGUGCACAGUGAUUCCUGGAUGGGGAGAAUGGAACAAGAGCAAAUGAGCCAGUGUCACAGAGGGGGAGAAUGGAAUAAGAGCAAAUGAGCCAGCGUCACAGAGGGCCCUCUCCUUGAUGGAAAGGUCUGAAGCUGCCAGGCCCAGAGCCACUCCCCAGAGCUGUGUGCCUAAGCACUUGCUUGGGAUGUCACUGGGUGAGUCUGCUAGCCAACAGUGCUGAUGACCACCGUGCCACGACCACAGGUCCUGUGUUCUACCUCUGAGGACAGCACAGUUUCCCCUUCAGCCACAGAGCAUUUGCUGAAGUGGUGGGGGUUGAUCUGCUGUGGUGGCCGUCUGCCGACUCCAGCAUCUCUGGGAAAUCUCCACUCUGUCCAUGAUUUUUUUUUUUAAAAAAACAGCUUAUAUAAUUAAAGGUUUAAUUUUCUAAUAUCCAACCAUGCAAA